AUGUCUCGUGCUGGUGGCAAACCAAAACAUCAUUUAAGUGAACAUUUUAUUGUUUUAGAUGAAAAAGUAAAUUGUACAAAUAAAGCAGCUGUCUGUAAAUAUUGUAUUGAAUACUAUGGUCAUCAGCAAGCACUUUUGACAAGCAAAGUUACAAAUGUUGUAAAUUCUUGCUUAGCUCAUCUUCAUAAAUCAAAAAAAAUCUUAUCAAAAAGAAUUAGACAAGAAAAUGAUGAUAAUGAAUCUAUUCAAUCAUUUACAAGUAAUUCAAGUUCAAAUACUAAUUUAGAAUUAAAAAUAACUUCUAGUUCAAUUCGACAAUUAAAUAACAAAGAUCAACAAAUAUUUAAUAUAUUACUUCUUCAUAUGACUGUAUCAAAUGGAGAAUUACAUCAUGCUCAUCAGUUAGCUAAGCUUAGUAAAGUUGAGAAGCAAUACAAUAACAUUAUAAUAACUAGAUCCAAUCAAACAAAUGAACUUAUUCAGGAUUAUUCACAAGAAACAGUAGAUGACUUGGAUUCUGAAAGUAAAAAUGAUAAAAGUGAUGACGAUGAUAUAGAAAAUGAGGAUACUAUGCAUAAGGUCAUUAAUGAAUGGAUAGAAAUGUUGGAUAAUGAGAAAACAGAAGACAAAGAAUAUAGUGAUAUUGAGGCAACAAUCAGUCUUUAG